AUGAAAGAAAUUAAAAAGAAGUUGAAGGAAUGGAACAAAGAGGUUUUUGGGAGGCUGGAAACUAAUAAAGCCUCAGCCUUACAACAAGUAGAUUUUUGGGAUCGGGUGGAAAAUGAGAGAAUCUUGACUGUGGAGGAAGCUGAGUUAAAAAAGGAAGCUAAAGUUUCCUUUAAGAAAUGGGUCCUGUUGGAGGAAGCACAUUGGAGACAGCAGUCAAGGGAGAUUUGGUUAAGGGAGGGGGAUAGAAAUACGGGGUUUUUCCAUAGAAUGGCUAGUGCUCAUCGAAGAACCAACGCUAUGGACAGAAUUAAGGUUAAUGGGGAGUGGCUAGAAGAGGAGCAAGAGGCGGAUAUUGGUAGAGUUCAGGUGGGGUGCAUCAGCCAGCAAGAAGCAGAGAGUCUAGAAAUCCCAGUUGCAGAGAAUGAGAUUCACUCGGCGCUUAUGGAGAUGAAUGGGGACAAAGCCCCAGGCCCGGAUGGUUUCACUAUAGCCUUUUGGCAAAAUGCUUGGGAUUUUGCCAAAGAGGAGAUCAUGGAGAUGUUUAAGGAAUUUCAUGAGCAUAAUUCCUUUGUUAGGAGUCUUAAUAACACUUUCCUGGUGUUAAUACCCAAGAAAAGUGGGGCUGAGGAUCUUGGAGACUUUAGGCCUAUUAGCCUUAUCAAUUGGAACUUCUUAAUGAAAGUCCUCCAAAAAAUGGGGUUUGGGACCAAGUGGGUGGGAUGGAUGCGGAGCUGCGUGUCCUCUGCCAAAUUCUCUAUUCUUGUCAAUGGAGUGCCAGCUGGGUUCUUCCCUAGUACUAGAGGACUUCGUCAAGGGGAUCCUUUAUCUCCUUACCUCUUUGUUAUGGGAAUGGAAGUUCUGGACGUCCUUAUCCGGAGAGCGGUGGAGGGGGGAUAUCUUUCAGGAUGCAUCAUUCGGGGUGGUAGUAGGACCUCCUUGAAUAUUUCCCACAUAUUCUUUGCUGAUGACACGAUUGUGUUUUGUGAGGCAAACAAAGAGCAAGUUUCUCACCUAAGCUGGAUACUUUUCUGGUUUGAAGCGGCUUCGGGUCUUCGAAUCAAUCUAGCCAAAAGCGAAAUUAUUCCAGUUGGAGAAGUGGAGGAUAUUCUUGAGUUGGCAGCUGAGUUAGGGUGCAGGGUGGGGUCUUUGCCCUCUCAGUAUUUGGGCCUUCCCCUAGGGGUUCCAGCUAGGGCCUCUUCUAUGUGGGAUGGAGUGGAGGAGAGGGUUUAUGGUUGGAGAUCAAAGAGGGCUAUUGGGGCGGUUGGAGUAGGGGUCUGGAAGGAGAUUAUGAAAGAAGCGGAUUGGUGCUGGGAAAGCGGAUUGGUGCUGGGAAAACUUGAAGGAUUUGGUGGGUUUCUCUUUUUCUCAGGGGAUUCUUGA